AUGGAGAUGCUCCGAGCCGUCUUCAUGCAGUUCGACACCAAUGGGGAUGGUACGCUCACUCUAGAGGAGCUGAACCAGGGGCUAGUGAAUGCGGGCGUGGCCGACGCCAAUUCGCUGCGAAACUUGGCCAAGAAACUCGACACUGACCACAGCGGCUCCAUAGACUACACUGAGUUCUUGGCCGCCACGCUGGACCGCAGCCUGGCAACGCAGGAG